AUGUCUCUGGAAUGGCUGGCAGGAUGGAGCGGGUCUCUGGACCGGCUGAGGGACUUGAUCGCCGGUGGGAUCCAGUCUGUGCGGGACUGCGACACCACCGCCCUGGGCACCGUGGCCUUCCUGCUGGCCAUGUUUGUGUGGUACUGCUACCACGUUGGGCGGGAGCAGCCCCGGACGUACGCUCUGGGGAACUCUCUCCUGCAGGGGGUGGACACCAACGGCCUGCAGAAUGGCUACACCCACUGCCACUCCCCGGAGUGCGUCCGCUGCGCCCACAACGACGGCCUGAACCAGAAACUCUACCACAACCUGCAGGAGUACGCCAAGCGCUACUCGUGGUCUGGGAUGGGCCGCAUCCGCAAGGGCAUCCGCGAGCAGGGCCGCUACCUCAGCAGCCGCCCCUCCAUCCAGAAGCCAGAGGUCUUCUUCCUGCCCGACCUGCCCACCAUGCCCUACUUCCCCCGCGAUGCCCAGAAGCACGACGUGGAGCUGCUGGAGCGCAACUUCCAGACCAUCGCCUGCGAGUUUGAGGCCCUGUACAAGGCCUUCUCCAACUGCAGCUUGCCCCAGGGCUGGAAGGCCAACAGCACGCCCAGUGGCGAGUGGCUGACCUUCUACCUGGUCAACCAGGGCACCUGCGUGCCCCGGAACUGCCGCAAGUGCCCCCGGACCUAUCGCCUGCUGGGCAGCCUGCGCACCUGCAUUGGCAACAACGUUUUUGGGAAUGCCUGCAUCUCCGUCCUGACGCCGGGUGCCGUUAUCGCGGAGCACUACGGACCAACCAACAUCCGCAUCCGCUGCCACCUGGGUAGGCACCUUCGGUUUACCUUCAGUUCUGGCCUCCUCCCUUUCAGGAGAGCCUCCCUUGACUGUGCCCUUAGCAGUCAGGGGCUCUGGGCACAGACAGAGCAACCGUCCUGGACGGAAGCACAGCAGCUUGGAGGGCAGCUCAGCCCCCUUACCUGCUGGGUGGCAAAGCUUCUGGUGGGCAGCUCUGGGGAGCAUCAUGAAAGCGAGGCUGACCUGUGGCCCUCCAUCUGUUGCUGGACUCCAGCUCCCAGCGGCCAGCCUGCCCAAUGGUCAGGGAGGGCAGGAGUUGGGGUCUGCAUCUGGAGAGGCCCCACAGCUACCCCAUCCCUGCCUUGCUGUGGACUUUGCAGAAGUUGAGGCCUGAAAAGGAAGCUUUGCUACUUCUCCAGGGGAAAUUUUCCCUUGAGGUGUGUGAGCCCUACACCUUACAGGUGCAAAGAGCACACACACCCCACUCCAUACUUUGUAGGGUGGUGUGGUCCAUGGAUCUGUUCCUUAAAGGAGGGAGAAAUUCUAUAGGUCCUUUAAAACUGACGUGGGUUUCUUCCAGACGUCAUGGCCCUCUGCAAAUUGUUCAGGGUGCAGAGUUCCUUUUCAAGUCCUCUGUUUCCCAAGCAAUUGAUGGGCAGCCCCCUAAGAGUUAGAACAGCGGAUUAUGAAAUGAGGAAACGCUGGGAAUGCAAAGGGGGCCAAAAAUCCACAGUAGUCUUGGGAAUGGGCUCCCUCCGAAGGUGCUGGAGUCUCCUGCGCUGGAGAUGGUGGCAAAGAGGUUGUGGGUGGCCAUCUGCCAAGGAGUCUUUAGCUGCGAUUCCUUCAUUGGACCAGAUGCCCCUUGGAGUCUACUACAUCUCUACAAUGUCAGGAUUCUGUGCUUUCCUUUCCUUUUUUCCAUGCAAAAGUCUGCACCCGACUGCAUUUCCUGCCUUGCUUUCAAGUAGAUAGCAAACGCAGCUCUCAUUGUUUGCUGGGUGCAACUCGUGCUGCCAGGCUGGGCUGCUGCCAUAGCAACCCCUGAGGCGGUCUUGCGUGCUUCCAGCCUGCCAGCCGGCCAAUCUGAGACUGAAGCCUGGCGGAUGCCUCCCUGCCUCCCAUUAAAAGUGCCACAACGGCUGGUCUCGUUCAGCCAGGUAGGGCUGGCGUUAAGCGGGGUCAGUCUUGCAGGGAGCUUGGCCUGGCGACUGCAAAGUAUUUGGGUCAUGAGCUUUUUUGAAAAAAGGAUUGGACAUGUUUGUGAAGGACAGCUCUAGGGCUGUUGCCGUGCCAGCCUAUUCAAAGCCUCCCUGUCCCGAUGCCAUCCCAGGUGCCAGAGAGGCAGAGCGGUGUAGUGGUUGGAGAGCUGGACUAGGUCCUGGGGGACACCAGGGUUUGAAACCCCCGUCAGCCACGAAACUCACUGGGUGACCUUAGGCCAGCCUAGCCUUCCUCACUGGGUUGUUGUGAGGAUUAAAUGAGCUGGAGAGCGCCAUAUAGGCCACAUGAGCUCCUUGGAAGAAAAAAGGUGACUAAUAAUAAUAAUAGCAUAGGGGGAUGAUCAUCUCCUUGGUGCCCCUCAAGACCUCUUCCUAGCGGAAAGAGUACGCUGGACCUGGUGAGCUCUGGAUCCACCCUGGCAAAGCAGCCCCUCUGCAGCAAGCCCAGGACUGCAAAAGGUAGAGGGCAAGAUUGUAAAAUCCACCCGCCUUCAGGGAACAAGGAAACGCAGGUGCUUUGGCUGGCUGGUGUUUGGCUGCUCCCAUUGCCGUUCCUCCUUGGCUCUGCCCAUCAUGCAUCUUCUUUCUUCCUGCAGGACUGAAGACCCCCAGCAAUUGUGAACUUGUUGUGGGAGGGGAGCCCCAGUGCUGGGCGGAAGGGCGCUGCCUGCUCUUUGACGACUCUUUCCUGCACACGGCAUUCCACGGUGGUAAGUCUGAAGCCCUGACACACCCAGAGGCUGGAGUGUGCCCUGAGGUGUUUUCCCAAGGGGCUGAUGGGGGAGGGGAGGGCUUUGCUGGAAACAGGUGUGUGUAUCCCCCCUAGCUCCACGUGAUUCCCAAGCGCUGAGAAGGAAGACCCUCUCUCUGCCUGACUCCUUGCAAAGCUGCCUCAGUAUGUCCCAUGCAACUUCUGACCCUUGCAGUCAGCUUCUGCAGGUCUAAAUGACAUUUCAGGUUGUUGGAAAAGGUACUUGUGUGCAUGAGCAUGGGAGAAAUAUGGAGGAGGGCAGGGAGAGACACUUUCAAGUGUUUCUUCCCACCGCCUUGAGGGCUAGCAGCUUGAUUUUUUAAAAGAAUAAAGAUAACACCAGGCCUGAGUGCAUGGUCCUGUGAAGCGCUCCCUAGUCCUGUUCCCUCUUGCAUGCUGAUUAACCAUGGGAUGCACAGAAUACUGGGGACUCUUUUCAGCAGAGCACAAAGGGGGCGCAUCCUAACAGUGUUCUGACCAGAGCUGGGGAGGGGCUUUAUCCUGCAAGACACAGAAAACACAUUAUGGUUCCAGCCGGCCUUAGUGGGGCUGCUGCUCCUGCCCCUCCACUGAGAUACAGAGGGAGCAUUCAAUCAUACAUUCACAGCCAUAGGAGACCUCAUUAAACUGAUACGGCUGGGAACUGUAGUUUGUGAAGGGGCUGAGAGUUGUCAAGAGGCCCUGCCAGAACCGUUUAUGGUGGCAUCGUAGUACCCUAAAGGUAUGGUAGUAAGAGAGAUGGGACCUGGCGACCAAACUCACCCGCUGAACUGCUUGCCCUUCCUUUUCUUCCUCCAGGUGCCCCCGAGGAAGGACCCCGGGCCGUAUUCAUGGUGGACCUCUGGCACCCAAAUGUCGCUGCUGCCGAGCGCCAAGCCCUUGACUUCAUCUUUGCUCCCGGACGAUGA